AUGGCACGCACUCUUAGAGGAUUCUUGUUGGGACUGAAUUUUUUAUUCGUGUGGCUGUUGAUUAAAGCAGAUAUAGAUCCCUGCAAGCGAGGCACAGUGACUGUCAAGCCUUCCCCUGUGAUUCCAUUUGGGUCAGCUGUCAAUAUUUCCUGCUCUUUGAAUCCCAAGCACCGCUGUUGGAAUCAUCCUGGUUCUAAAUUAGUCCUCUCAAAGUCUGGCAAAAAAGUCCAUUCCCACAAUGGUCGCUCCUCCACUAUUCAAGUCUCCAACCUUUCCCUUGGUAGUACCGUAUUUGUCUGCGAGGUGGACUGUUCUCAAACUAGUCAGUACUAUGUGUGUGGAACAGAGAUCUCAGUUGGUGUUGCUCCAGAGUCACCUCGAAACCUAUCAUGCCUCCAGGAAGGAGAACGUGGGACUGUGGCCUGUACCUGGGACCCUGGACUAGAUACCCAUCUGAAAACCCACUACACUUUACAGUUAACUGGACCAAACAAUGUGACCUGUCAGGACCAAGGCAGUUGUCGGAAUUGUAACCACUUGAGUCUUGGGAUCAGUCUAACGUCUCAUUUAGCUGAAUCCAAGUUCACAGUCAGUGUCACUGCCAAAAAUCAGCUUGGAAACUCUUCUUCAUUUCCAUUUACGUUCACGUUCUUGGACAUAGUGAGGCCUCUUCCUCCGUGGGACAUCAGAAUCGAUUUUCUAAAUGCUUCUGAAAGCAGAUGUAUCGUGCAAUGGAAAGACGAGGGGCAAGUGGUGCUCAAUCGACUCAGAUACCGGCCUUCUAACAGCAUGUCCUGGAAUAUGGUUAAUGCUAUAAAUGCCAAGGGAAGAUACAGCCUACAGCAUCUGAAGCCGUUUACAGAAUAUGAAUUUCAGAUUUCUUCUAAGCUGUGUCUUUCUAAAGGAAGCUGGAGCAAUUGGAGUAAGCUACUGACAACACGAACACCAGAGGAAGUGCCUGUUGGGACAUUAGACAUCUGGUACAUGAAACAGAACAUCAGCUCUAACAGACAACAGAUCUCUCUUUUCUGGAAGAAUCUGAGUUCUUCAGAGGCAAGGGGGGAAAUCCUCCAGUACCAGGUGACCUUACAGGAGGUAACAAGAAAAAUUACACUGCAGAACAUUACAACACACACCUCCUGGACCGGGGUCAUUCCCAGGACUGGGGCUUGGACUGCUUCUGUGUCUGCAGCCAGUUCAAAAGGCUCUUCUGCGCCCACUCGUAUUAACCUAGUGGAUCUAUGUGGCACUGGGUUGCUGGCUCCUUCCUGGGUAUCUGCUAAGUCAGAGAACAUGGACAACAUUGUGGUGACCUGGCAGCCUCCGGGGAAAGCUGUCUCUGCUGUUCGAGAGUACAUAGUGGAAUGGAGGGCUCUAGAACCAGGAAGGAAUGUGAGCUUUCCCCCACACUGGCUGCGGAACCCUCCCUACAACACGACUGCUCUGAUUUCAGAGAACAUCAAUCCCUACGUCUGUUAUGAAAUUCAGGUGCAUGCACUGUCAGAGGACCAAGGAGGUUGCAGCUCCACCCUGGGUGACUCCAGGCACAAAGCACCUUUGACUGGCCCUCAUAUCAUUGCCAUCACAGAGAAAAGAAAGAGCCUUUUUAUUUCCUGGUCCAGCAUCCCAGCCCAGGAGCAAAUGGGCUGCAUCCUCUAUUACAGAAUAUACUGGAAGGAACGAGACUCUGCUGCACAGCCUGAGCUCUGUGAAAUUCCAUACAGACACUCCCAAAACUCAUCUCCAGUAAGCAGCCUGCAGCCCGGAGUGACAUAUGUCCUAUGGAUGACAGCUCUGACUGCUGCUGGGGAAAGUCCCCAAGGAAACCAAAGGGAAUUUUGUCCACAGGGCAAAGCCAACUGGAAAGCAUUUGUGGCGUCAAGCAUUUGCAUUGCUAUCAUCAUGGUGGGCAUUUUCUCAGUUCGUCCCUUCCGGCAAAAGGCAUUUGCUUUCCUCUCUACUCUCAGACCUCAAUGGUAUUGCAGAACCAUUCCAGACCCAGCAAACAGCACUUGGGUAAAAAAGUACCCCAUUGUGGAGGAGAAGACCCAUCUAUCCAUGGACAAUCUCUUGAUGGCCUGGCCCACUCCUGAAGAGCCUGAGCCCCUGAUCAUCAAUGAGGUCCUUUACCAAAUGACCCCAGUCUUCAAACAACCCUACAGCCCCCAAAGACAAGGGACUCUAAGUCACUCUACCCCCAAGGAAGACACAAUAUAUAUUGCCUCCAGUCCACUACCUACAGGAACUCUCAUUGCUGACACAAGACAACUAGUGAAUCUAUACAAGAUGCUAGGAAGGAGAGAACCUGACUCAAAACUGGGCAACCUCACCAAUUCCUUGACAGUUGCCCCAGUGGACUACCUUUCCAGCCAUGAAGGCUAUUUACCCUCCAACAUGGAAGACCUCUCUCCACAUGAGGACCCUUCAACUGAUUCUUUAGAACUGGAGCACCAACACAUCUCUCUUUCCAUUUUUGCAUCAGGUUCUCUUCGCCCACUCACCUUCUGUGGUGAGAGGCUGACUCUGGAUCAGUUAAAGAUGAGGUAUGACUCCUUCAUGAGUAAUGAGGCUUGAUGCCUAGAAAGUCCCAGAGUAUCCCAUUAAUAUAAUUACUCCAGUGGUCAGCAUCUUUGGUAGUAUCGGGACAGUGCAGACAAGCUAGCUGUCUCCAGUUUCACCAUAGGGACUUGUUGUCUUUGAUACCUUGGGUCUAAAAUUUCAAUCCACAACAACUUGGACUUUGCUGUUUUCUUUCUUUAUAUAUAACUGUGACCUGACUCAGCCCCCUCUUCUGUAUCACCACUGGGUAAGUCAAGUGUCAUUCUAAAAAUUCUCCUUACCAAAAAGAUGGAACUAAAGAUCCAAAACCUUUUUUCUUAAAAUGCCAAAUCCAGGAGUUUGUCAGACAAACUGUGUCCAGACCUCAAGUUCAGGUAGGAAUUGUCAAACUGUCCCGAAAUUUCCCAAAAGCCAGGGGUUUUGUCCUACUCUUAUCUUUCAGGUUAAGUGGAAUGUCAAGCCAUCUCUUACCCUCUCCCCACUGGUUCUACCCGACCACCAUUUUUCAGCUCCCUUUACAACUACAGCUCACCCAUGAUGUCCUGGAGCAGGGGUUUAGAGAAAGAAAAAAAAAAAAAAAGUUCUAAGUAGGGUCUGUUCUUGAGUCACCAGAAAGUUGCCUCCUGUUCCAGUAGCAAAGACCAAGCAAUCCCUCCCAAGGUUUGUUUUCAUCCUAGCUUGCAGACUCAUGUUCACUUUAAGUUUCUUUACGAAAGCUUUACUUGAAAAGGUAGAACUUCCAGAAUAAAGCAUUUUCAGAUAAGAGCUUCAUAGAAAAACCUUCCUUCUUCCCUAAAAUAGAAACGCAAUCCAGACUAAAACAGAUAUAGCAGCAGCCUAACACAUUUAAGAACUUGGGUUGGAUUCCCUGGCAACACGAGGUAAGGGAGGCUUUUCAAUGUGAGUGAUGCAAAGAAUCAAGUUGGAAUUCACAGCUUACACCAAAAAACAUACAAUAAAACUACAAUGAAACACAAAUAGAAAAUGGGUUCCGUAAUAAGGCUCUCGUACAGAUAAGUAUGGAAGGCGGCACUUCAGUAACAUGAAGUACAUAAUUGUGGUCAACUGUAAUUAAAGAAAUGCAAACUAAGUACUACUUAAGUAUUUUCACCAUAUUAGCAAAGAAGACAGAACAAAUAAGCCAGUAUUAAUCAGAGAUCUGGACAAUAUUCAAUAAAAUUCUAAUGGUCAGCACUCAAAUUUUCAUCAACAUAGCCAAGAGCAGUUUAGUUAGAACACAGUAUUUCUCAACAAUAAGUUAAAAUGGUGGUCCUUUGAAACCUAGUGUUUCUGUACAAUGAAAAUACUGUAGAGUUCAAGGAAAUUGACUCUAUAUAAUUUUUAAUUCUAAACAAAAGCUAACUAAACUGCACUGUGCCACUGGCUUCUGUGUUACACUUUCUUUCUAGUAGUGGCAAUAAAACUCGUGGUCUUGUGCAUGCUACCAAGCAGCAUGUAGGACUUGCCUUUCACAUUUUGAUAUCCCUAAAAUUAAGAUAGGGCAUAAAACUGAUGAAAAACAUACAAUAUAGACAGAGCAGUGGUUUAGAGCUAUUUGCCCUUACAAAGGACACAGGUUCCACUCCCAACACAAAGAUGAUGGUAGCUGUUCCUCUAUGACUAGAGCAUGCAUGGUACACAUACUUAACAAGCAAAACACUCAUAACCACAUAGGAUGGCUUAGAACCGCCUGAAGUCUGGCUGGGGGGGGGGGAGCACAAUGCAAUGCCUGUGCUUUCCACACUAAGUGAACAUGCACAUAUAAGUACAUUGGAUCUGACUGGGUAGACUCAAAUACUAUUGGAACCAACUUCUAUAUGUCUGCUUUAUAUUGGUACCAUAAAUCAUAGACUAGCACUGAAGGAAGCCAUGGCAUAACUGAAGUGGAAGGCUGCUUACUGACUUGUUCUCAGCACUCCAAACUCCCGCACACAGCCCAUUAAACUAUGAACAUGUCCACAAUCUUCCCCCAAAGCAACAAGGCCUGGUCUGUCACAGCAACAUUUCACCAUAACCAUCCUACUUUAUUUUGUUGCUGUGAUAAAACCCUGACCAAAGGCAAACUUGAGAGUAAAAGGUUUGCCUUAAACAUUCCAAUCACUGUUCAUCCCAUUACUGAAUAAAAGUCAGAACAGGACCCUAGAGGCAGGAACUGAAGCAAGACACCAUGAAACUGUUCACUAGCAUGCUCAGCUUUUUUUUUUAAAAUACAACCUAGGAAUACAGGCAUGACAGCUCCACACCAAUUAACCAAGAAAAUGUCACCAUAGAUCUAACAUGAGCAAUUCCCUCUUCCCAGACAACUCUGCUUGUGACAAGCUGACAAAACUAAACUUAUCACACUGAUAAACCAUGCUUUUUUCCUUGCGAGAUGUGGAAAGCUGGCUUUGAAGGUAGGUCCUUGCUACGUAACAAAACUAGCCUUCUGCUUAUUACUUUUAACUCAGUUUCAAGUAUCACCAACCCUAGCAUGCCUUUUAAACACUAUUUAACUAAGAAGAUUUCCCCCCUCCUAAUUUUACCCAAUUUCUACAUUUUGAAGUAUGGCUUUAGUUAUUUAAGUCAAAAAGACGUGUCUUAAUUUUGUGCCAUGAAAAAGCUUUUCAAAGUCAGUAAAAAAGCCUUUUUUUUCACUCUAGUUAUCAAAACUACUUUGUGGUUAUUGUUUCAGAAAAUGGAUAUCCAUUAACUCUAGACAACUGAUCUCAUAAACCUCUCACAAACCCUCAAGAAUAUUUUCACUAGAACACCAAGUCCAGUGCAGUGGCUCAUGCUUUUAAUCCUGCAACUCAAGUCCAGCAUGGUCUUUGUUUACAUAGUUCCUGGCCAGCUAGGAACAGACUGCAACCCUGUUAUUUAAAAACUGUAUUUAAGUACCUUAAAUACUUAAAGACCCUGUUAAUAAUUCAUUUCCUAAUCACCCCUGUCACUAAUAUUCACAUAGAAGCAGAAAUAACUAUUCCAUCACAACAAAGACUUCUGACCAAUUUGUGUUCCCUCAAAACUGCAGUAAACAUUGGUUUCCCGCAACCUUGGACAACUCAACUUUAGGUUCAAUUCCUGUGAUCAGAAAAUUGCCAUGUUUCUAUCUCUUCCACCUUUCUCAGGGAGGUGAUUACUUUAAAACUGUACUUAACUCUCAAUCAAAUGACUGAUGAAACUGAAAAAACAAAGCAUCCAUGCUCUCCUCUAACUACAAAGUGCUGGUAAAGCUUCGCAGUCAGUUUACUGGAAAUGUCCUCUACUUUGGAAAAGAUUACCUCUAUCCCAUACCUUUUAAAAUGAGAUGCAUGGAAGCUAUACCUAUCAAUACUAAUAAAAAAUAACCAAGAUUCUUUCUGAUAUAGUGACAAAGUAUCACAGGCUUUUGAAGGCAUAAUAAACUGUUACAAACAAAACACAGUAAUCGAGGCACAUACUACAUAACUGAGAUAAUGAUUUACUAUUCCACCUCGACGCCGACAAAAGGGCAAUGAACUGGUCACGUCUUCCACACAGCAAAGUUGUAUGUUAACACACAAGGAAACCCUUCAUAAAUACACUUAAAGGAGUAUAUGAAAUCAAGCUGAAACUAAUAAAAAUUCUGAAAUUCAGAAAUAUGUAAAAGAGCUGCCCUUACAGUAGUGCUUAUCUAUAAGCCACUCAAAAAACCAAGGCUGGAGAUGCCCAGUUUCAAUCCUGAGGACUGUCUCUAGAAAAGAAAAAAAACACUCAAAUCUCAUCAAAUUGCCUGUCUAUCUUUAAAUUCACAAAUCAUGGAGAUCUAAGCAUUUUCAUGUAUGUAAUGGGAUAACACUAUCACACGCCUUAUUAAGUCUAAUUUUUUAUUCAUUACUAAAUGCUGAAUUAUUAAAAGAGCCCCGUCAAGAACUUCGACACAAACUGCCACCAAACCUAACAUUAAAUCUCUGUGGAUUCAAAAUAUAAAAGAAUCUUUAUGUGUACUCAAAAAUACAGGGAAAAAUUUUUAAAAAUUGUCUCACUUGGUACUCACUAGCUAGAAGCAUUUAGUACCUGGCAAAAUCCUAUCCAAAUAAAUUGACUUGGAGUUUAUAGAUUUUUAUGUGUAUGAAAAUAAAUUUCAACAAAUAAGACAUUACUAAAUUUUAGAAAGAGCAAUUAUAAUCCAUGUGUUGUAAACUUUCACCCAAUGCAAGCUACAAUAUUUUGCUUAAAAACAGCAAAAUUAAAGGCAGGAGUUCCAAUUCCAGUUCUUAAGAGAUCUAAUGUCCUUGUCUGGAUUGAAUGGGCAUUUAUACUCUGACAUGCUCAAAGGCACUGACAGACACACUCACAUAAAUCUAUAAAAAAAACAAAUAGCAGAUAUUGCCUCUACAGAUUUUUGACCAUGGAUAAGUGACUACCAGAUAGGACAUCAUACCCAACCACACUUUGGACUAAAGUGACAGACUGUUUUAAUAGUAGUAUGACUUAAUGGACAUAUAGAGGUAAACUUUUAUUUUAAAGGAGCUUUUACAUUCUGGCCUGGGAUGAUCACGAACAGCAGUCAGUCAGGAAGGGUAUAGCUAGCAAAACCUAUUCACACUUCGGAAAGCUUGACAAGGUAGAGGAAUGCUUGGUGGCAGUACAUGUGUCUAGAAUACACAAAUCCCUAGCAUUUCAAAUAAACCUUUAAAAACACCUGUCAACUGGUUUUGCCAAUGCAGGUAAUUACUAAGGCCAUUCAAUAAGAUAAUACUUAUUAUCUUAUUAUUAGACACACUCUUCAAAGCUUACUAGUAGUCGGGUUUCUGGGUUCUUGGUUAAUGUAGAGAUACGACAUUCAGAUUGAAUAUUUACAAAGUAAUCUCACUACAAUCACAAAGGUUUGGGCUAGAAUAUAUUUCCUAAACUUUUCCUUACUCUGGUGCUGUGGCUAUAACUCAGCAUACUUGCCUAGCACGAAUAACCAGCACUAAAGUAGUGGGGAUAGGGAAGCAAAAUGGCAUGUAUCAUAGGUAUACUAUACCAGUUAGCUCACUGUUGGGUCGCCUGUCCACAGUUGUGCCUGCUUUAUCUUACCUUCAAAGUCAACAUCUGUAAUGUUCUGGCAGCUUCUCAUUUUUAAUUUUUAAUACCUGGUUUCUUCCACCUGCUAAUGCUCUGAAGAUGUUUUUAAAAAACAACAGCCGGGCGAUGGUGGUGUAUGCCUUUAAUCCCAGCACUUGGGAGGCAGAGGCAGGCGGAACUCUGUGAGUUCGAGAUCAGCCUGGUCUACAGAGCUAGUUCCAGGACAGGCUCCAAAGCCACAGAGAAACCCUGUCUCAAAAAACCAAAAAAAAAAAAAAAAAAAAAGCAAAAUCUACUUACACUUCACUUGCAAACUAAGUAUAACUUUUUUUUCUAUUUCAUCAAUCAUCUUUAGUAAUUAUAAAAAUAACAAUCAGAAGGAAUAUGUAAUAAUCUCUCUUCAAACCCAUACCCAAAAUAAACCAAAUAUAGUUACAGCUCUGGAAAUUACAUUGAACUGAAUAAAAUGAACUGUAGUACCUGCUGAUACAUUUAAGAUCUCUGAAAAACUCCAAAUAGUAUUCAACUAAUAAACUAUAUCCUCCCUUCAAUCCAAGCUGGAACUAUCCUAAUGCCAUUUAUAUUUAAAAGCAUUUAAGACAACUAUUAUAUCCGCUCUUGAAAUUACUAAAUUAUCCAACUUUGCCAUUAAGACAGUUAUUUCUCGCAAAUAUAGGACUCAGCAGGUUCAAAUUAAAAUCGCACAUUAUCUAAACAUUCGAAAUCUUAAAAGUAGCAUCUUGACAGUGCAGAGAUCAAGAAAAGGGAAGCCAAGAAACAUACAAAGGGGCUCCCAUGUGAUUGCUUUUAUAUCUUUCAGAAAAUAAGCAUGAAAUUGCUGUUUUUAAUAAACAGAAAGUCUACGUUUGGUUCUUGACAAAAAGUGGACCUGAAAGGAAUUUCACAGGUAUCAGACAGAAACAGACCUACCUCAACCAAUUCAGCCUACUUUGAAAGCAUGCAAUAAUCUUGUAAAUGCCACUAUAUGUUUUCUGGUGAUAAUGACUCAGUAAGUAAAACCGUGUUUCUAAGAGGUGGUGUUUUAUACAUGUUGCUGGAAAAUGGGAUUUAUAAAGAUGUUACUAUUAAAAGUGAAUUAAGAUACUUGAAAGUUUAAACAUACUGACUUAAUGGUGCAUAUGCUGCAGUAAGUCCACAUGAACUAACCCUUACCUUACAGAGCGGUGUCUAAACAUUUGAAGCCUUGAUACAGAACACGUGCAGCGUAAGUAUCAGCACAAGUCUAUUUUAAAAAAAUAGCUUCUUUCCAAGCUGUCAGAUUUGCUGGCAACCGUAAGUGCAAUUAAAUGAGUAACUA